UAUCUUUCGAAACUGCAGUCCGACUCUUCGUUGUGACUUCCCCUUUCAAUUCAAUCCGCAAACUUUCUCAGUCUAGGCUAGAUCGCAGACGCACUCUAGGAACAAGGUGACUGGCUAGAUUUUGAUUGCUGACGUGGUAUUGGGGGCCAAAAGAACAAAUACAUCAGGCGUACCACCGGACCUGGCUUGUGCAUGCAGCUGUGUUUAUCUCAAGUCAGAUAGGCAACGAAAGCUACGGAAAAUAAAAGCAGCGCGGCUCCUGCGUUCAAUUGAGUUCCCAAGUCGCAUCACCGCCGUACGUACAAACCCUCACCCACAGCAGCGAUGUCUUGCCAGCUUUCGCCGUCUGCCGCGGCUUUCAGCACCAUGCUCAGCGCCUUUGUCGGCUCGGUAAUCACGGGCCUCACAAGUGGAGCAGCGAUCGCGUUCAUCACCGGGUGGAUCUCCUGGUUCUCCGUCCUCCGCAUCCUAGCCGCCGGCCUGUACGAAGCGUACCUGGCGAUCAGCGCGGGCACGAACUACACCACCGCGCCGCAGUACCACAGCGUCGCACUCGGCGGGAUACACUCCGCCAGCGAGCCCCCGCCAGACGCCAAUAACCCUCCGCCCUACGACCUGGAGCAGCGCUACGACCUGGAGCAGCGCAACGCCCUGCUGGACCCCGCGCAGCACCCCGCAGCCAAAGCGGCGCGCUUCAACCUCAUCGGCCCCCUGGACCGCGGUAUCGAUGUCUGGGGCUGGCUGGGCUGGCUGUGGAGCGCCAUCUACACGCCCAUCUCGCAGUCGAUCUGGGUAGGCGUGCACCUAACGGGCCCAUCAACGGGGAUCCAGAAGUUCGUGCGCGCGCUCGCGAUCGGCGUGUCCGCGCUCAGUCUGACGUUCGACUACAAGCACCGCUACGCGGCGGCGCUGGGGCGGCGCUGGGGCGCGUGGGCGUUCGUGGCGUUCAAUGCGUGGAACGCGGCCGCGUGCGUGCUGCUGGGUGUCGAGGCGCUGGUGCUGCUGGUGUUCAGUGCGGUCAAGAUGGAGAACGUGCCGCUCCCGCUGGUCAUCGUGUAUCCGAUCUUCAGCGUCAUCUGGGCGGUGGGGAGUUGGAAGAUUUUGCCGCCGGUGGAUGGGGGGAGGGGGGGCAAUAAGAUUGCGGGCGUGCUGAUGGGGGCGUUUGCGGGGCUGUUUGUUGCUGCGCCGGCGUUUGCGCUGUGGCGGGAUGCGAAGUGGGAUGAACGCACGGGGAAUGGUGGGUAUGGUGCUGGGUUGCAGGAGUAUCUGGCGUGUGAGGGCGUGAGCGUGCUGGAGAAGUUUGCUGCCGUUAUGCCAUGAGGCAUCAGUAGUGGAUCGUCAUC